AAUGAAGAUUCGCUGCUGUGUUGCUGUUGUCUCUCUCCAUCACUGUCUCUUUCUCUCUUAUUUGACUUCUUCAUAUGCGCAAGCUCUCUCCUCAUGAUCCCUUUGUGUUAUUUUCGGCGGAAUCACAGUUCGAAGCUUUAAAUAGGACCGAGUUUCCAACGAAGAAGGCAGUUCAUAAUAUCGUUUCUACAUGCUGGAGCAUCGUACAAUUUUCGAAAAACUGGAUUCUUUAAAGAGUGAUAUUAGAUAUUUACUUUAUCCAAAAAUGCCGUCCGAGUGCAUCGCUAAUCCGUUGCAACGGGAAUUGGCCGACUCAAUAAUUCGAAUGCAACCACUUGAUGAGAUAAGGAUUCUCCUUGCAUGCGGUGCAAAACCAAAUGAUGUGGUUACACAGGGCCUUAGGCCCCUUCAUUAUGCUGUUUGGCAAAGAUAUGAGGAUGCUGCGCAAUUAUUAUUGGUGAGAGGUGCCGAUAUUGAUGCCACUGAUGAAUGCGGAUAUUCCGCAUUGCAUCUUGCUGCUGAACACGGUUAUCUUGAUCUUGUCAAACUAUUACUUAAAUAUGGUGCCAAGGUCGAUCAUCGACAGGACACCGAUGAAUUAUUUCCCAGAACCACAUUGUGUGAUGAGCCAUUGCGUUUGGCUUUGAGAAAUCGUCACAUACAAGUUGCAAAAACACUUUUAGAAGCUGGUGCUAAUCCGAAUAAAAAAUAUUUUUUUGGUUCCGAAAUUAAUUUGGUCUCGCCACUGGAUUUGGAGUGUAUGGAUUUACUUUUGGCUUUUGGUGCUCAUCCAAAUACGAGAGAUCGAGCUGGACUCACUCCUCUCAUGAAAGCUGCCAGGUUGCCUCAGGGCAUCGCAUCGGUUCUUAUUUUAUUACACUAUGGAGCUGAUGUGAAUGCAAUGGCAGAUGUCAGAAAUGAUUAUCGAACUGUUUUACAUUAUGCGAUACUUGGUGGUGAUCCAGCUGUUAUCAAUCUUCUUUUAAAACAGGGUGCAACACUUGAUCUUGGUGUUGAUUAUCAAAAACCAACUGCCUUGGAUUUGUCUAUUCUUAAGGGAGAUUUGGCUAUUGUUGAAAUGCUACUUAAAGCAGGAGCAAAUGUAAAUGCAACAUCGCCAAUAAUUGGUUCUCCAUUACAUGUAGCUUGCGCUGACAAUAUACCAAAUAGAUUGGAAAUUCUUUCAAUGAUAUUGGAACGAGGCGCUGAUCCAAAUUUGGUAAUACGUAGCGAUGAGGGUUUAUCAUUAAGGCCAGUACUCGCUGAAUAUGUUGCAUCAAAUGAAAAUCCAUCGGUGGAAGUUGUGGCAUUACUUUUAAAAUAUGGUGCAAGAGUUGUGAUUAAAACACAAUUUCGUGAUCCACAUGGAAUUUUAAAUUCAUUACAAAAUACCGCCGAUAAACCAAGAAUAUUACAAGCACUAUUAGAGGCUGCCGAAAGUUUUGAUCCAUGUAUGAUUCGAAGAUCGAGUAGUUUAACGGAUGCGCAAAAAGCACUCGUUAUGGAAGCAGCGAGAACACCAUUGCCAUUAACACAUCAAGCGAGAUUAAUUGUUCGCAAACUUUGUGGUACAAAAUUACCGAAAAUUGUCCGAAGGCUUCAAGUACCGCAAUCACUUCAUCGUUAUCUUCUUUAUGAUUUUUACUAGUUCACUGAAUUUUAAUUCAGUUUUACUGAUACCGAUUGUGAUACCUUUUCAAAUUUCCUUGUCAUGUGCGGUACUUUUGGAAGAUCAAGAAAAGAAGAGCCUCUGGAUAACAAGGACUAUAAAUUUUAAUUCUAUGACCAUUUUUUCUCAAUGCAAAAAUAAUAAUUGCAUUUGUUAUUUAGAAAUUGAAUAGACUUUAAAAAAAAAGAAUAAUAGAAAAUAUAUAUUUUUGAAGAUAAAUGUUUUCGUGAAAUAUUUUCGAAAACUGUAUUUAAAAAUCACUAUUAUAUUUUUGGAAAAUUAUUGUAAAAAGUAAUAGUAAAUUAGAAAUGAAAUUAAAUUGUAGAGAAUAUUUAAAAAGUGUUAAAAAAAAUUGUUGAGAUUUAAAAAUCAUUUUAGAGAAGAAUUUUAUGAAAAAAAAAACCUAAUUUUUUUUUUUAAACCUUUGAGGUCAUUUUUGUUCCACACAUGAUAUUUUAUGUACUGACCCUUAGUAUUAUUUAUUAUUCAUUCAUUCUUUUUCGUAUUAUUAAUUAUAAAAAAAAAUUACGUAUUACCUAAAACUUGUAUAAUUACGUCCGGUCCAUCGAUAUUGUGAUUAUGUUAAAUAAUUAUGUUAUUAUAAUAAAAAAUACCAUUAUGCAUUAUCAAUAUUA